AGUAGAGAGAGACAAGAGCGGGGGUUGUGGACGCGUGCUGCCCGCUGUCCGAGAGUCAUCGCGCGUCUUCCUCCAGAGCGAGGCUGCCGGUGCUGCCGGGGCCUCCGGACACUCACCGUCCUGCUGCCUCCAUCUGCCUGAAGGAGAAGAUGUUGUCCGGCUGUAACGUGACACACGGUCAGGUCAUGUGAGGUGGAACCAUGGAAGCCACAAAAUGCUGCCUGACUCUCGAGAACGACGGCCCGAAGAGGAAGUCCUCCAGAAUGAAAUGAAUUCAGCAGCUCUGACAUGGUGCACAACUGUGGAGUACAAUGGUGGAAGGGAGGCGGUGCAGCCGUUGAACUGCUGAGGCUGAAUGAGGAAAUAAAAAAAGUGCACGUAGUUCUGGAUCACGUUGCUGAGUAGGCGUGCUUGAUCUGUGCCUGUGACACAGGACUAAGUGAGUCAGACGACAGCGCUGCAUGGAGUGACCACGGACGCAGCUAUGUAAGAAGACGAUGCACCGGUCCAGACCGCCUACACUCUGCUGUGAUUGAUGCCACAUGUGGGCUCUCAGGGGAACGUGGUGGUUGCUCAGCAGGAGAGGAACCAGCAGAUGAUGUACACCUGAGCGCUCAGUCGGUGUGACGUCUACAAACAGAGUUUCCCUUUUUCUCGAUAGAAAGCAUUCAACGGACGCAGCGAGUGUCUGCCAUGCCUCGGAACCGAGCCUUCUCUGAACCAGAGUAUUCGGCGGAAUACUCGGCGGACUGUUCCGUGACUCUGCCGUCGGACCCCGGGCAGGCGGUGGGACGCACACAUGAGGUCACGGUGCGGAGCUCAGGAUGUUGCCUGUGUCUGCCGCGCUUCAUGCGCCUCACCUUCACACCCGAGUCUCUGGAGAACCUCUACCAGACCUACUUCAGGCGGCAGAGACACGAAACCCUGCUGGUGCUCGUCGUGUUCGCCGCCCUCUUCGACAGCUACAUCAUUGUCAUGUGUGCGGUGGUCUAUACCACUGACAAGCUGGCGUCUGUGCUGGUGGCGUCAGUGGGACUGACAGCAGAUGUCAUCCUCUACCUGCUGUGCCGCUUCGGCCUGCUGCCCGACCGCAUCUCCAGGCGGGUGGUGCCCUACGCCCUGUGGGUGCUCAUAGCCAUUCAGAUAUUUUGCUAUCUGGGUCUGAACUAUGCUCGCUUCCACCAGGCCAGUGACACGGUGGGCUGGCAGGCUUUCUUCAGCUUCUCCUUUUUCCUGACUUUGCCUUUGAGGCUGACGCCCAUCGUGCUCAUCACUACUGUGUCCUGUGGGGUCCACACUCUGGUUCUGGGUGUCACCAUUGCCCAGCAGCAGCAGGAGAACAUCCAGGGGGCAGCACUUGGCAGACAGCUACUGGCCAACGUUGUGAUCUAUGUGUGUGCCAUCACUGUGGGCGUCAUGUCGUACUACAUGGCUGACCGGAAGCAUCGGAAGGCUUUUCUGGAGGCGAGACAGUCACUGGAGGUCAAACUCAACCUGGAGGAGCAGAGUCAGCAACAGGAACGCCUGCUGCUCUCCAUCCUCCCAAAGCACAUAGCUGAUGAGAUGCUUCAGGACAUGAAGAAGGAGCCCAGUCAGAAAGAGAUGCAGCAGUUCAACACUAUGUACAUGUACAGACAUGAAAAUGUCAGUAUUCUGUUUGCAGACAUCGUGGGCUUCACGCAGCUGUCGUCGUCCUGCAGCGCUCAGGAGCUGGUCAAACUCCUCAACGAGCUCUUUGCACGCUUUGACAAACUGGCUGCAAAAUACCACCAGCUGAGGAUCAAGAUCCUGGGCGACUGCUACUACUGUAUCUGCGGGUUGCCAGACUACAGGGAGGACCACGCCGCGUCCUCCAUCAUGAUGGGCUUGGCCAUGGUGGAGGCCAUCUCGUAUGUGCGAGAGAAAACGCAGACCGACGUCGACAUGCGGGUGGGGGUGCACAGUGGCACGGUCCUGGGAGGAGUGCUGGGUCAGAAGCGAUGGCAGUACGACGUCUGGUCCACAGAUGUCACUGUGGCCAACAAAAUGGAGGCUGGAGGGAUACCAGGUCGUGUCCACAUCUCACAGAGCACCAUGGAGUGUCUUCAUGGCGAGUUCGACGUGGAGCCAGGAAACGGCGGCGACCGCUGCGACUACUUGAGGGAGAGGGGCAUCGAAACCUACCUGGUGGUCGUUCCUAAAGGACCGGUGGGAAAGAGUGGCAUCAAUGGUGUUAAGCUGUCCGUAACCUCUUCCAAUGGCAACUCCCCACUGUUAAUCAACACCACAGAGUGUAAUGGCAGUGCUAACACAGCCUGCACCACACCGGAGGAACCAGAAGAACUGGAUGCAAGGGUGGUGAACCCAUCUUUCCCUAACCCUCGGAGGAGGCUGCGGCUACGUGACCUGGCUGAGAGGGUGAUCGAUGCCCAGGAGAACGAGCAGGAACUCAACAAACUGCUCAACGAGGCUCUGCUGGAGAGAGAGACGGUCCAGGCUUUGAAGGGGAAGCACACCAACCGGCUCUCGCUGAGGUUCGUCGAUCCAGACCUGGAGACUCGUUACUCCGUGGAGAAGGAGAAACAGAGCGGCGCUGCCUUCUCCUGCUCCUGUGUGGUCCUGCUCUUCACUGCAGUCAUGGAGGCACUCAUCGACCCUCGGCUGAUUGCAAACUACAUCACGUUUGCUGUGGGUGAAAUCCUGCUGCUCAUCCUGACAAUCUGCUCCCUGGCUGCGAUCUUCCCCAGAGUAUUUCCCAAGAAGCUGGUGUCUUUCUCCACCUGGAUUGACCACACCCGUUGGGCUCGUAACACCUGGGCCAUGGCAGCCAUCUUUAUCCUCACCAUGGCUGACAUCAUGGACAUGCUGAGUUGUCUGCCUCAGGUCCCUGACUCGGGUGACGCCACCAUGGCUCCCGCCUCCUCCUCAUCUUCUUCCUCCACUUGGUCUGGCCCUCAUGGUUGCCUGGACAACCCCAAAUAUUACAGCUACAUCGCUGUGCUGGCCCUGAUGGCCACCACCAUGCUGGUUCAGGUCAGUCACAUGGUCAAGCUCACGCUGAUGCUCCUCAUCACUGUGGCAACAGGCAUCGUGAACAUCUACAGCUGGAGGGACAUCUUCGACCGCUAUGACAUAGCCCGCUUCCAGGACUACAGGUCGUACCUUGUGCCCUCCAAGUUCACUAUGACGAUUAUGAUCUUCAUUAUGAUGGUCAGCUUCUAUUAUUUCUCUCGACAUGUGGAGAAACUUGCUCGCACCCUGUUCCUGUGGAAGAUUGAGGUCCAUGAGCAGAAGGAGAAGGUUUAUGAGAUGAGGCGCUGGAAUGAAGCCCUGGUGACCAACAUGUUGCCCGAGCACGUGGCUCGUCAUUUCCUUGGAUCCAAGAAAAGGGACGAGGAGCUGUACAGUCAGUCGUACGACGAGAUCGGAGUCAUGUUCGCCUCCAUCCCCAACUUCUCUGACUUCUACACAGAGGAGAGCAUCAAUAACGGAGGGAUCGAAUGCCUGCGCUUCCUCAACGAGAUCAUCUCUGACUUUGACAGUCUGCUCGACGAACCGCAGUUUCGCUGCAUCACAAAAAUCAAGACCAUCGGCAGCACCUACAUGGCAGCGUCAGGCAUCACCCCCGAUGUCAGCAAUGGCUACACUUGCAUGAAGAAGGAGCAGCAGUCUGACAGAGACCGUUGGCAGCACCUGGCAGAUCUGGCAGACUUUGCUCUGGCCAUGAAGGUCACACUCAUGAACAUCAACUACCAGUCCUUCAACAACUUCAUGCUUCGCAUUGGUCUGAACAAGGGUGGAGUGUUAGCAGGAGUCAUCGGUGCCCGAAAGCCGCACUACGACAUCUGGGGCAACACUGUGAACGUGGCCAGUCGCAUGGAGUCCACAGGAGUCAUGGGAAACAUCCAGGUGGUGGAGGACUGCUACAACAUCCUGAAAGAGUACGGCUUUCGCUUUGUGAGGAGGGGGCCCAUCUUUGUGAAGGGAAAGGGAGAGCUGCUCACGUAUUUCCUGAAGGGAAGAGACAAACAGGGCUCGUUUAUCAACGGCUCCUCCGUCACUCUGCCACACCAGGUGGUGGACAGCUAAGGAUCACACUCGCAUACACACUCACCUCCCGUGUGAUGACUGUAGAGGGGGAGGGGCCCCCGGAGGACGCGACCUGACCUGAGCUGCUGUUUACAGUCCACAUCUCAGUACUACUGACAUCCACGUUCCACGCCACUCAUUACUGAACACACUCAUGGAAAGAUAGACAAGCGUGUGUGCCAGCGGAGGUUUUGUUUGAAAAUGUGGAUUAUUUGAAUGAAGUGAAAACAGACAUAAGAUGACCGGAGCAGUGAAUGUGUAGUGGCACAAUAUUUAAUAAAUAUAAAUUAUAUAAAAAAAUCAUAAUAAUUAGACUAUACGAAGUGACGAGUAGAUGGGGGGGGGGGGCUAAUGUGUCAGGCCAGGUUUUCAUUCAUGUGAAGCUGCUCAUAAACUCCAAACUUGCACAUUUUCACAAAGAAACACUAGAUUCAGUGCAAAUUUACUAAAUGUGAGUCUAUUUGUCAGUCAGAUCCAAAACAGCCCAAUGGAGCAAUAGUCUCAAACCACUACGACGCAGCUUAGGCUGCAUUUGUGCUGUACAGACCCAACCCGUGACGUGACGGUGCCAUGGUUCCCCUGUGUAAAUGACACACAUGUAGGCUACGCAGGCUUAACCCAUCUAUCGUGACUGACGUCAUGACAUGCUCUACUAACGGACACGCAAACAUCAGGGCCAACACAUGGAACAUGAUACUUAAAAAUCUGUAUUUGUUGUCAAACAACAAAACUGCAGUAAGAACUCUCCUUCUCAGUCGUCGCUGCAUCGUCCUGGUUCAGUUUAACCCAGGACAUUUAAUAGGUGGCGAAGGGAAGCGUUCGCCUUAUCUUAAUGUACAUUUAAGGAUAUAAUACAGCGCAGUUUUUAGGCCCCAUAGAGCUACAAGCUUCUGGGGGCGUGCACUAAAUCUAAUAUGGCUAAUAAAGGCUUGAAAUUGAAUGUGAAUAACAGGAAUUGAACAAGUUUGGAAUGAAUUGGAAGCUUGUACCGUGGUGUCACGCUCAGUCGUGAUCCGAAAGUGCUCAAAGACAGCCUUUAUACUGCCUCUCCUCUCUGUCACACCCUCAGGCCCUGUUCACAUUAGGUAUUAACAUCCCGGUCUCUGGUGAUUCCUUCACAAGUGGACAACUCUUAAGUGCAGCGUUUGAAUAGACACACACACACACAUACACACAUACAAGACACGUUGAAGAUAAGAUAUCCAAUCAGUUUGUUAUACUAAUGUUAUACCACAUUCUUUUAUCGGUGUGAAUGAAAAAUGCGAAACGCUGAUUUCCUCUGAACUGCUAUAGUUUUCAAAAUGACCUGAAAAAAAAAAGUAUAUUUUUACACUUGUCAGAGUUUCACUACUGCCACAAUGUUAGCACAGAGACCAAAGCUUAUCCAUUUUUUGCCAUCGUUUUUCAAAUGGGUGAAGGCAACGUUUCCCAUAACUUUUUAUAAUGCACACAACUCAAAACGUACACACAAAAAUUCUGAUCAUUUAUUUGGCGACACAGAGAAAAUCUCCCACAACACGACUGUGGGUCCUGAUACAAAAAACCUCAUGCAAUCUUUGUGUCGGUGACAUAUGUACGAUAUCUGAUCACACACACGUAUUCUGCAUCAUGUAGAGACACAAUCUACUGUCCGGUGUGACCUGAUAAAGUUAGAGCGUCCACUUGUGCUCGGAUCACCCCGGACACGUGUUGAUAUCUGGACUGAGCAGGUUCUCUGUCACACUUGCAGCUGCAGUUUUUGGCAAUUGUUUUUAGUCUAAAUUCAAGAUGUCAGCAGUGAGAUGACAUAAUAUAAAAGGAUAUCACUUAAAUAAUAAAACCAUGGGCUUUAUCUCUUCCCAUUGACGCUUCCAAAGAUAAGCACACACCCUCGCAUACACACAUAUACACACAAGUUGGCCCCCUUUUUGCAGACACCCUGGUUGGAAUGCGUCACUUCAGCACACGAACACUGCACAGGCUUACACUGACCUGAAGUCAGACUGUCACACGUCUGUCACACAUGUCCACGCUGCGCUGUCCUGUCCCCUCCGCUCCUAAACCACCGUGAAGGACACGCCGCUGCUGCUGCUGCUGCCCUCUGGAUUGUUUGGGUGCCUUGUUGAACUUGAAGGAAACCGACGUCUCGUCUCUGACGUCAGAGGCUGACGGCACACGGCAGAAAUAUCCUCACAUUUGAUUCUGGAUUGAUGGGGAGUGCCUUUAACAGCUGUGUUUGUCAUUUUUUAAAUGAGUUGAAAUGAUAGUUUGGGGGAUUUUUGAAGUGUGACGUGCUGGCAUCUCGACACACCAAUUUAAGUCAUUGUAAGAUAAGGCCCAUAGAGAAAAUCACCAAUUUAAAAUCGCAGCACACAGGAGUUGUUGCUCGACUGUUGCCUGAGUUCAAAUGUGUGAUUUUGUCACUUCUGUGUUUUAAAUUUACAUACUUACCAAACGAGGCAGUUAUAGACCAGCAACUCUUGGCUCUGCGAGCUAAAAAUUUUGUUUUUCUAUAUGAACUUUGGAUAGUACACUUAAAAACUGGCAUGUAUUGUACUAAGUGAGCCUAUGUGUCAGUACCGCAUACAACUAGCCCUAUCCCUUUAAAUAAUCCCAUGGUCCCUCUCCAGGCGGGGGAUCUACAAAGGUCAGCACAAUGAUAUUUUUCUUUCUUUGCUCUGUGACAGGAUGAUUCCAGUUUAUUAGAGCACGGAUUUCAUUGGGUCGCGAUAACACUGCACAUCUGUUAACUUGCGAUCUGGAUACACAUGACGACAAACACUACGAGGAUCAACUGUGAACUGUUGGAUCUGUUGUAGUGAGUGUAGCCUGGCGAGUCUGCUUUAAAAGUAAGCCCGGUACAAAAAUCUGUCAUCUUCCUUUUGUCAGAGCGAUGUGCAAAACGAAGCUGUGAGGAAUAAGAGAAGCCUCACGUUCACUAAUGUAGAAAUGGCAGAGAUAUGUUGUGUUAAAGCUGCUGUCAGCUUGUCGUCGUUUGGUUCACUUCUUGCCCUUUGCCUGUGUUAGAAAUAAUCUCCCUCCUACCUUUUGUCCCAAGAUUUAGUGAGGGGUGAGGUAGUGCAUUUACUUCAAUAUAAGAAUAUUUUUAAUGGUGACGUUUUGGGUCUUCUUCAAAAGCGCCUGAGGUCAAUUUUGUAGAUUCUGUUCCCUUUGAGAGCAGAAUAGACGAUUUAAAAACAUGGCACAUAUGAAUGAGGUCAUCAGUGUGACUGACAGCUGCGGAUAUUUGGCCAAGUUGUGAAUCUCGAGGCUUCAAACCAGAUGGAAUUUUAUUAACGGUUUCACAGAUAGUCAGUCGGCCUGGGAAAAACAAAGAUUCAAGAAAAAGUCUGCUUUGCCUGCAGCCUAAAAAGACCAUGGUUCUCAAACUGUGGUACGUGUAGCACCGGUGGUCUGGUGGCACUUGGAAUACUGUUCUACUGCAUAGACCAGGGUUUGUGUGUAGAAAAUGAAACGAUUAACAAAAAAGUAUAAUUAUUAGAGUCACUCACAGUGUGUGAAGUAUAUGUGAAGAAGAGGAGGAUGAUGAGAGAGGAAAUUGUGUUAUUGGGAAUAAAUCUGUCUCCUGUGAAAAGGCCGUAGCCAUAUUUAGACCACUGUAUUUUAACGUUUUAACGUUUUUCUUGGUAUAAAAAUUUUGAGAACCACUGGCCUCAGUGAGCAAAGACUCUGUGAUGGCUGUCAGAAUAUAUUGCUAUUUAAAACAAGAUAUUUUGUCAAAGUAUUCGACUGACAGCAGCCUUAAUGAUCGACAUGAAGCACUGAGGUGCAGCUCUCAUGUUGACGCCGUGUGUAAAUGAGGUGGACUGCUGCGUCUCUCGGCCUAUGCUUGCUUGUUUGUGCACACGAUCUGAAACGGACACGGACGUGCACGUGCUUCUGCAAACACUGACGUGGAUUGUGUAUGGCGGCGAUCUGUGACGUCAGUUGAAUGUGGAUAUAGACGUUCCGGCGUAGAAGAUGCGUUCUCUCACAUGUACAGCAGGUCUCGCCUCCAGUUGGACCGUCUUGGCCCCUCUGUCUAAGGUGGAAUUAGGAUAGAAAGAGUUUAAAGUGUUCCCUGUGAAGUUGGUAUUUCAGGUGUAGGGGUUUUCAGGAAGCAGCAGGUGCCACGUUUGUGAGCUUUGGGGGGGAAAGGAUUUCACGAGCCACUGCUCUUUUUCUCUCUCGGCAGAUUGUAAAACCCACUAGUGUCUCUGUAGAAUGGGAUGAAAGUGCAAUAGUUUCUUCUACAAACCCGAUGCUCACCUCUCUUUAAGGAAAGGUUCAAUCAUUCCUUCCCCUUUAAUUCAUAUUUUUAUAAUGUAAUGUUUUGUUCACUUUAAAGAAAGGGAAAAAGGACUGAACACGUCCUUACUGUACAUAGAGUUUACACGCAGUUUAUUGGUAGGAUUUAUUUAUUGGAAAUGACAGGGAUGUUGUCUUUUUUUAACACUGAUGUGAAAGUGCCAAUGAUAUAGAAAUGGCUUUAGGUGUAAAAGCCACAACAUGAACCAUGGCUGUAUCCUUAUUUGUAUUUUAAAAGAAUCUCAGGCUUGGGAACAAAUAGCACUUGAAUAACGUGUCAACUCUGUAUAUGACUCCAGGUUUUGUUUUGGGACAGAAUUUCUGAGCGACGUACCAACACAAGAACACUGAAAUGCCAUCUGGAGAGCCCACGCCAGCUGAUGGCAUCGACAAGGCAACAUGAUUCAGUGCUGUGGUUCUAGUUGUCAUUAAUGUUCACAUUCUGUCAGAUUUUGAUUCAGAACUUUGAUUCCUUCUUGCAGUUUUGUGGACUGAAUUAGACAUGCUGUAAGUCUUCUUCUUAGCCUGCUCUGAGCAGCUGAUCCCAGUCCUGUUUUUAGUUUCUCAGUCAAUGUGCUGUCUUUCAUUUCAGUUGUUUGUCAUCAUAAGGUGAGUUGAUUAAAGAAGUCCAAUAAA